AUCCAUCCCUCUGCCAUCCUCAUAUAUCGGGGCUUCCCUUGCUCACGGCGACAUCACACUCUUUUGUCCUUCUCUUCCGCCUGCUAGCCCUAUUGACAUUUUGGUGAGACCUGGCGCGUCUGUCGCGCCUGUUGACGCGCCUGUUGACGCGCGAAUAGCAAUGAUGCUCUCACGAGUCGCGAGAACACGCAUCGCCAGCAACAGUGCCUUCCAACCGCCUCCCUUUGUUCGUCGUCCUACUAUCUCGCGGGCACAUCCACGCUGGGUGACGGGUCCGCCCACGCCAAAUCAGCCCAAUCCUGAUCCCGUCGACGAUGCCACUCCCGACCUGACUGGCAACAACAAUGGCCGCGCCAAGUGGAAAGGUACUGCCUUCAAGAUGUUCGAAAGUGCCAUGACUACGUUUGCAUCUAUUGCUGUUCUUGGCCUCGUCGGAUACAGCUACAACCGGUACUACAAGGCUCUUGUCUUAGAAAAGAUGGAGAACGCGUUCCGGCCUGGCGACCCUGUCCUGGAACUGGCUGCUCAGGGAAAGCAAGUUGCCGGGAGACCUAGUCAGCCAGGGGAUGUUCCUGGCGUUGGUGGAGACGAGCAUGAACGCUGGAUUCCGCGAGCUGAGCAGCUCAAGAUUGACGCCAUCAUCAGAGGAGACGAUCGAGGCCACUACCACCUGCUGAUUGGUGAGAAAGGGACCGGAAAGUCUUCUAUGUUGAUUGAAGCAAUGUAUAAGGUUGACGGCGAGGGUGUCGCCAUGUUUGAGGCCCAUGCCGAUCUAGAAAUCUUCAGAGUCCGGCUUGGAAAAGCCUUAGACUUUGAAUUCCACGAGGAUAACAUUGGCUCUCUGUUCUCCAUUCGCGGCCCACGCGAUGCAUCCGCUCUGCUCGACAUCGAACGAGCACUCAACAAGCUCGAAAAAGUUGCGCUAAACCGGAGGAAACGGGUUGGGCGACCCCUAAUUCUAAUCAUCAAUAGCGUGCAUCUGCUCAGGGAUGAUGAAGACGGCCGAGAUCUCCUAGAGCUGAUCCAGCAACGUGCUGAACAAUGGGCUGCCUCCAAUCUCGCUACCGUAGUCUUCAACAGUGACGACUACUGGGUUUAUGAGCGGCUCAAGCAAUAUGCAACGAGGAUGGAAGUGACGCCAAUCGGCGACUUGCCGAAGGAUCGGGCGAUCCAAGCUUUACGCAACUACCGAAUGAAAUACUUCCAAGAGAUGCCAGAAGAGUCUCUACUCGAGCAAGUCUACGAUCAGAUCGGGGGUCGAUUGACCUUCUUGAACCGCGUCGCCAAAUCUGAAAGCAUGAUGCACACGUGUCGUAAGAUCUGCGAUAUGGAGAAAACCUGGUUUCUGAACCAGUGUUGGAUCCUGGGACCGGAAAUGGAUGACGAUGUUAUGGAUCAGCAGAAAUAUGCCUCGGCAGCCAUGGUCCUGGCCAAGGCUCUCGUCGACAAGGAAAGCGAGAUGGAAACGAUCUAUGAUGAACACAGAGGACAUAUUUUGCCAGAAAUAACAUUACAUGAAGCACGGCAAAUCAUGACUCGAGCAGACUUCAUCAAAAGCUAUGAUCACAUCAAUGUCUUCACAAUCGACUCCCAUGCUAUGGUCCGCGCAGAUUCCGUCCCUAUGCAGAACGCUUUUAGGGAGAUCUGCGGGAAGCCAGGAUUCGAGAAGCAUCUUGAUGGCACUCUGGAGCGCAUUGGCGACAUUGAAAGCUUAGGUAGAACUCGGGAGCUGACUAUCAAAGAUCUCUGGAAUGGGGGCAAAUACAAGAUCACGGCACGAAACGCAAAGGGAAAUGUCGACAAAGAUUUGUCUUUCGAAGUAGUGCCCGGAGAAAAGGAAGACAGUGACGAUGAUUAGUGCUAAUAUUCGCUCUGAGGUGUAGAGCAUGUACGAUAGGAUGGGGAAGGAUUGUUUAUUCGGC